AUGCAGUGUCGCGCUAUAUUAUCAUUGAUUUGGCUCUUAGCUUUCGGUUUCUACCGCAGCGCUGCAGCUGAGUUGAGUGUACUCAUCAGCAACAUGCAACAAGGUAUCGGUGCAACAAGCUGCAUUUACUACAAUUACAACGCCGAAACAAAUAUUGACUUAAGUGAAAUUUGGCAACAAUGUAGCGCACAAAUUGUGUUGACAAAACAACCAAACAUACCGUUAUACGAGCACUUUCACUCGAAAGCACUAAACAUUGUUUUUGUUAAUUCAAAGCCAAUUGAAGUGCAGUUCGAAAACUUCAAAUACGCCACACAACGUUGGCACAGCGGUGAUGUGCUCUUCAUCGCUGCGAAAAUUGGCAACAAUGCAACAACAGCAACACCGCAAGCACUUUUCAACUGGUGCUGGCGCAAUGGCUACACUAAUGUAUUGCUAACUGAUGUGCGCGCUAAUGAGCUACUCACAUACGUACCCUUUCCGGCGGUGCGCUUAAGAAACACAACAUUAUGCGCGUAUUUACGGCGGCGCAACGUAACGUGGCGUAAUUUUCACGGUUACAACAUACGCGCAGUUUCGGGCACACAACCGCCACGCGCCAUUAUCUACACCGAUGCGGGUGGUGUGCAACAAAUUUCCGGCUUACAACCGCUGAUAAUAAAACUCUUCGCUGCGCGUUACAAUGCAACGCUAAAUUUCACCAUUGACCCAAAUCCCAACUAUGACUUCCUACAGUGCAUACCGGAACUGCUGGAUGGCCGCUAUGACAUUUGCGCUGAUCACGGUUACUACAGAGGUUACUACAAUAAGCCGCACAGUAAGCCACUCUAUCUGGAUUUUGCCUACUUUGCUGUGCGCUUUCCACAGCCAUUGGCGAAAUUUCGCUACUUUUUAGCGCCAUUUCAAGCGUCCACCUGGUGUCUGUUUGUCAUCACCAUCGCCUACAUCACGCUGCUGUUGGCCAUGAGCAAUUGGUUGGAGCGUGGCCAUUGGAAUGCGGGUCAAUACUUGUUGGCUGUGAUUAGCAGUUUCAUCAACGCCAGCAUGGAUGACAAGCUAAUCAAGUCGCGGCGAGGCGUGUAUAUAUUUGUGUUGCUCACUGUAGCCGGUUUUAUAAUAUCCAACUUUUACUUGGCUUUCCUCUUCAGUUUGCUCAGCACAAUUCUUUACGAGCAGCCGAUAAAUUCCGUGGCAGAUAUUGUCGCGGCGAAUGUUACGGUACUCACCAUCGGCUCUUACGAAAUCUUACUGCGCCGCUUGCCAGAGUAUGAUGCAAUGCAAGUGCAAUAUCUCACAAUUGGUGCGCUCAAGCUGCAUCGCGAUCGUUUGGAUCCCAGCUAUGCCUAUGCGAAUAUGUUGGAUAUAUGGCAGUUCCUGUUUUAUCAGCAACGGUUUUUGCUGCGUCCGCGCUUGAAAUUGCUGGAUCAACCGUUAAUUACAUAUAUCAGCGGCAUGCCAUUGGCGCGUGACUGGCCCUUCGAGCAGAUUUUCAAUCGUCACGUGCAACAGUUGUUCGAAUACGGUUUUCAUAAGUACUUCAUGCAGCGAAUAACAGAGAUCGCAAUCAAUACGGGUUUCUUGAAAUUCUUUCAAACCGAAUAUCACAAAGUGGUGCCAUUAAAUCUGUCGGACUUUGGAAUGCCUGCGCUUCUUUUGGGCGGUGGAUACCUCAUCGCUUUUGUGGUGUUUUUAGUGGAGUUGGCUUGGCAGUGGCUCCGAAGGCGGACCUCAAAUAGAGGUAGAGCUUAA